AUCCAGAGGUGAAGGCAGGAUUAUUUAGAUGUAUGGCUAAGCUUUUUCCAGAUCCAAAGAUCCAAGAAAAACUCCAUUUGCAAAUGGAUGACUUUCGACUAAAGCGGGGAUUCUUUGGACAUGACGUUGCACAAAACACUGUGCAUAAACGGAGUCCUGUUGAUUGGUGGACCCAAUAUGGAGAUGAGACUCCUGAACUAAUGGCAUGUGCGAUCAGAAUCUUAAGUCUUACAUGUUCGUCAUCUGCGUGUGAAAGAAAUUGGAGCACAUUUAAUCAGAUCCAUACGAAGAAGAGAAAUCGCUUGCAUACCAAGAAUUUGAAUAAAAUGGUUUACGUGAUGUACAACAAAAGAUUGAAAAGUAAAUGGAUGAAGAAAGCAUCAUUGAAAGUUGAGGAAAAUCCGUUGGUGAUGGAUGAAAUUCCUUCAGAUGAUGAGUGGGUUGUUCAUGAAGAUGAUAUGAUUGUCGAGAGUGAUGAUGUUCAUGGUGAUGGUCCUGAAGUUCAUACUCAAGGUGAUACUGCUAGUGAAACAAUCACCAACCCAAGUGGCCAAGGAAGAAAUAAAGGACAUCCUUCAAAAAGGCGUCGCCUUGGGAAAAGAAAAGCACUACAGCUUAUUGAUGAAGUUGAAGAAGAUGAAGAAGAUGAUAUUAUUCUUCGAGAUCCUAUUAGAGAUGAUUUUUUCAUCAAUUCCGAGGAAGAGAAUGAAGGAAAUGCAACAUCUUUUGAUCCUAAUUUCAAGCCAUCAACUGUAUUGUAUGGGAAAAAGUGUUGGGUAGCAAAGGGUGAACAUGAACACAAGGUUAGUGUGGCGGAAAUGAAGAUGCUUUGUUGGAUGAGCAGUCAUAGGCGUAUGGAUAGAAUAACGAAUGAAGAUAUGAGAGAUAAAGUUGGAGAAGCACAUAUUGUAGAAAAGUUGGUGGAAACUCGUGUUAGGUGGUUUGGACAUGUGGAGAGAAGACCAAUAGAGCAUCCUGUGAGAAGGGUUGAUCAAAUGGUGAAUAGGCAUGUGGCUGGAGGAAGAGGUAGACCUAAGAGGACUUGGCAAGCAUUGAUCAAGGGAGACCUUCGCGUGAACAAUCUCCCAGCAGAUAUGAUACGUGAUAGGAUGCAAUGGUGUUGUUUGAUCCAUGUAGCCGACCCCACCUAGUGGGAUAAGGCUUUGUUGUUGUAUUGGUUUGUGCAUCAGUAUAGGAAGGAUAUCUAGGUCCACACAUGCAUGAUUGCAUGGUAUAUAAAAGUUUGAAGCUCCAUUGAACCGGCCCUAAAGGAAAUCUUGAAAAAGUACCAACUAAGAACAAUGUAUGGCCAAUAGUGUGGAAUGGACUUGAUCAAUAUGGAACUUUAAACCUCGACCCACUCUAGAUUUCCGGCCCACGAAAGCUCCCAACCAAACAAAAAAGACUGAAAGGG